GAACUAAGUAAAAUUUCAUAACUCCCAAUUACGAUCGAAAUCAGCAAAUAAAAUGGCCCGGAAUGCUGGCGCUGCCAGGUCCAGUUCAGGCAACUCGGGCCAACCGGCAUCUGCAGCAGCGGCAGCGGCGGCAGUAGCAGCAGCUGCCGCAGCCGCCAACUCCAAACAGAAGCGUUGCACCAGGUUCAAUUUGUCCUCGAAGGUGAUGAUGGACAAGUGGAAGACGUUAAUCGGUUGCAUUUGCCUGGGAAUCGCUUCGUACUUUGGCUACGUGGGCUACUUGGAGACGAGGGUGAACACUCCGUUCGAUAACCAGAAAAUGGUUGUUAACACGGGGCUGGACAAUCCAGAUCUAUACUGGGGAUCGUACCGGCCGCUCACCUACUUCGGUAUGAAAACACGCGAUCCGCACUCCCUGGUAAUGGGAUUGAUGUGGUACACGCCCAGUAGUCUGGGCCAUGGUGGCCAGGGAAUUCGGCACUGGUGUGAGCAGGGCGACAAUCUCGACGGCUACGGGUGGACGCAUCACGACGGCCGCAGCUUCGGCGUGCAGGAGAUCCAGGACCUACCCUACGAGCUGAAGACCUCCUUUGUCAAGUAUCCGGCUGGGAAGCAAUAUGGUGGCGACUGGACCGCUCGUAUCUCGGUGAGGAACACAACUCGGGCCUGGGACAAGAGCAUCUCGCUCAUUUGGUACGUGGCGCUGGAUGAGCGCACCAAUGGCCAUAUCAAGUACGUGUCGGACGAGAAGAGCCCCGAGCCAGGCGUCUAUGGCGAGACGCAGGGACUGGGCGAGUUCCAGGUCCGCUUUCAUACAAUGAAAGGAAAAAUUCUGCACAAGUCCUACCUGAGCACGGUGGCGCCGUCGCUGAGUAAGCUGAAAGACACGCUCUUUUCGCAUUUCCGAGCAUUCGCGGACAAGCGCGGCAACCGCUUCAUUGGCCUGCCCGGCGAGAUUGUCUUCCAGAACGGUCUGCCCUCGUCCAAUCCGGAGCCAAACUUCAUAGCCAUACAGAUCACGGCCGAGGUAGACUUCACCCUCGACAUUACCUAUCAGUCCACAUCGGGAUUUACUCUGAGCGAGUCCAUACCAAAGCCGCCCACGGGGCGGUCGUACACAGAGUCGCUGCAGGCAAAGAUCAGCGAGUUCGACCAGCGAUUCGAAGAGAAGUUCCAGCUGAAGAGCCGCGGCUACUCGCUCGAAGAGGUGCGCUUCGCACGCAACGCCCUGAGCAAUAUGCUAGGUGGCAUUGGCUACUUCUACGGCUCUAGUCGUGUGCAGUCGGUCCACACCAAAAACCCAGUGCCCUAUUGGAAGGCUCCCUUAUACACGGCCGUGCCCUCUCGCAGCUUUUUUCCCCGUGGCUUCCUAUGGGACGAGGGCUUCCACGGGCUGCUAAUAAGUUCAUGGGACAUCGAUAUAGAGCUGGACAUCAUCUGUCAUUGGUUUGAUCUGCUCAAUGUCGAGGGCUGGAUUCCACGUGAGCAAAUCCUCGGAGCUGAGGCCAUGUCCAAGGUCCCCGAAGAGUUUGUCACACAAAGGAACAGCAAUGCCAAUCCGCCAACGUUCUUUCUGACGCUACAGAAGCUGCUCACCAGCCACAGGAAGGAGCUCUCUCAAGAGGGUCGCCUGGCCACCCUCGAGCGGCUGUAUCCCCGUAUCCAGGCGUGGUUCAACUGGUACAACACCACACAAAAAGGCGACUUAAUGGGAUCAUAUCUGUGGCGUGGUCGAAAUACUACCACCCAGCGAGAGCUCAAUCCUAAGAGCCUAUCCUCCGGCCUGGACGAUUAUCCACGCGCCUCGCAUCCCACCGACCGGGAGCGGCACUUGGAUCUGCGCUGCUGGGUGGCGCUGGCCGCCAGCGUGAUGGCCGAGCUGUCGACGCUGCUUGGCAAGGACGACGUCAAGUACUAUGAGACGGCCUCCUAUUUGACGGACAACGAGCAGCUGAACCGUCUGCACCUAGCCCCCUACAGUGAACAGUACGCCGACUGGGGCCUCCACACCGACCAGGUCAUGCUGAAGCGUCCACCAGCGAUGGCGCCGCAGCGGGGCAGCCACCCGUCGCAACAGCCAGAGAUGGUGCGCGUGUCGAUGGAACAGCCAACCUACCAGUUUGUGGACACCACAUUUGGCUAUGUAAAUCUAUUCCCGCUCCUGCUCGAGCAGCUUAAUCACGACUCGCCGUAUCUGACCAAAAUGCUGCAGGACCUGAGGGAUCCACAGCAGCUUUGGACAAAGUUUGGCCUUCGGUCGCUAUCGAAGCGCUCCCCGCUGUAUAUGAAGCGGAACACUGAGCACGAUCCGCCGUACUGGCGUGGCCCCAUCUGGAUCAACAUUAACUUUCUGGCUGUGAGGGCCCUGCAGCAUUAUGGCAAGAUAGAGGGCCCCAAUGCCGCUCUGGCCCGUGAGAUUUACGCGGAACUGCGCGAGAAUCUAGUAAGAAAUAUAUUCAGGCAAUACCAGAAGAGCGGCUACCUUUGGGAACAGUACGAUGACUCCACUGGCGAGGGAAAGGGCUGUAAUCCGUUCACCGGCUGGACGGCUACCGUGGUCCUCCUCAUGGCCGAGCAGUUCUAACUUGUUUCUACUUUCUUUAUCGUUUUCCCCUAUCUGCUGUGAGUUCCUCAACCAAUGGAGUCCUACAAUGGGAGUCCCCAAUGAUCUACAUAUAGUAUAUGUUUUUAUGUAGUAACAUAGAGUGUGUAAUCUUUAGUGUGUCUUCCUGUCCGUCAGUCCUGGUUGCUGUACAAAACGUUUCCCCCUAUUGAGGAAAUGUCCACGUGCUGGAGAAUGUGAGUAAGAAAUUCGGACAAAGAAAGGAUGGGACAAAGAAGAGAAAAAGGGGCAAUUUUUAGCGUUAAAUAGAUGAAUUUUAAAAUUAUAAACUAUUAUAAAAGAU